AUGGACAUGCAACUCCAGGUGACGUUGCAAGCCCAGUGCAGGAGUUGCGACUUCACCCGAAAUCACAUGUCCACCGGUGAGAUGCAACUUCAUCUGAAGUUGCAAAUCCACAUAGAAGUUUAUAAAAAUUGCAACUUUAUCAAGAGUUCCAUAUCCACAAGUGAGCUGCGAAUUUGUCCGGAGUUGAAAGUCCACUUAGAAAUGGCAACUUCAGAUGAAGUUGCAAAACCAGUAAGAAUUGCAACACCAUAUGGAGCUCCACGUCUACAGAAAGAGCUGCAACUUCAUUUGGAGUUGCAAAUCCAUAUAGGUGUUGCGAUUUCACCCGAAACUCGACGUUGCAAGACCAGUGAGAGGCCGCAACUUCACAUGAAGUUGCAAUUCCAGUUGAUCCAGCAACUUCACCCGGAGUUGCAUGUCCAUCCGGGAGUUGCAACCUCAUUUGGAGUUGCAUGUCCACCAAGAUGUUGCAAGCAUAUCCAGACUUGUAUGAAAUUUUAUUCCAAAUCUAUGUUCCGAGUAGGCGGAGCUGGUCCACUUAGAUUCCAGAAGGUCCACACUACUUGUGCGGCAUUCGAUGCAUGA